GACCUAUAAAUAAGGGCGAGGGGACGGCGGUGGUCCGCCAUUUCGUGGACGCCGUAGGAGCGUGAGCAUCCGUGCAGCAGAGCCAGAGGGGAGCGGGUGGCCCUGUCGGAGGCGUUAGGAUUUUGAGCUUCGGCGUUUUGAUCCCAGGAUCUCGAAAUGCAUCGUGAUUCCUGUCCACUGGACUGUAAGGUUUACGUAGGUAAUCUUGGAAACAACGGGAACAAGACUGAAUUAGAACGGGCUUUUGGCUAUUAUGGACCACUCCGAAGUGUGUGGGUUGCUCGAAACCCUCCUGGCUUUGCUUUCGUUGAAUUUGAGGAUCCCCGAGAUGCUGCUGAUGCUGUCCGAGAGCUAGAUGGAAGAACACUAUGUGGCUGCCGUGUAAGAGUGGAACUAUCAAACGGUGAAAAAAGAAGUCGGAAUCGUGGCCCACCUCCCUCUUGGGGUCGUCGCCCUCGGGAUGAUUACCGUAGGAGGAGUCCUCCACCUCGGCGCAGAUCUCCAAGGAGGAGAAGCUUCUCUCGAAGCCGGAGCAGGUCCCUUUCUAGAGAUAGGAGAAGAGAAAGGUCUCUGUCUCGUGAGAGAAAUCACAAGCCGUCUCGCUCCUUCUCUAGGUCUCGUAGCCGAUCUAGAUCAAAUGAAAGGAAAUAGAAGACCAGUUUGCAAAAGAAGUGGUGUACAGGAAAUAACUUCAUUUGACAGGAGUAUGUACAGGAAAUUAAAGUUUUGUUUAAGACUUCAUAAGCUUGGUGCAUUUUUAAGAUGUUUUAGCUGUUCAAAUUUGUUUUGUGUCUUGGAACAGUGACAGAUAACGAUAUAAUUCUCUAAGGUUUCAAAUGGAUCAUUUGAGGCAUGUAAUAUCAAGAAUUGUUACUUUACAAUGUUCCCUUAAGCAAGAUUGAAUUUGCUUUGAACUUUAGUUUUUCAUAGACUGAAAUAAACCUAGAUUCUGCUCAGUUAAAGUGUGAUGUGCUAAUGAUAUAGAAACAACUGGCGGAGAUGGAAUAAAACUGUAGUUUCUUUAGUAGCUGGGCUG